GCAGGCAAAUAUUACCUUUUACAUAAGACAGGGGUUGUGCAAUAUACGUACUCAGUGGUAUGCCUAAGCUGAUAUAUUGCAAGUGUUCUUGGCCUUUUCAACGAGAAUUAGGAUGCAGUUAUGUUUUGUCAGGGUGACUGUAAGAUCAGCUUGAGAAAGUUGUUAUAUGAUAUCAAUAUUGAAAAUUACCUUAUUUGAUAUUCAUUAUAUAAUAUGCAUAUUAUAUUAGACAGAGACUAUUAUAUUAUUGGUUUUAUCGCAAUUUUAGCAAUUUUUUAUUCAUCUACUUUAUAUUAAAUCAAUAUCUAUAUUAUGGCGUCAAUAACAAAUCUCACUUACAAAAUUCUAAGCGUCAAACAUUUAUGCGCUGUCAGGAAUUUGAUCGAAGAACAUUUCACAUCUACAUUCUCAUUGGGAGUAUAUUUAAAUUGGACUAAAGAAGACUUGAUUCCUACAUAUUAUUCCCUGAUAGAGUCUUUCUUAGGGCAAGGAAACUCACUCGGGGCAUUUAGCGAUAAAGAUGCUGAAUUAUGUGGAGUUGUCAUCAAUGUGAAACACGACGAUAAUGAAAGGAUAAAAUAUGAUAAAGCACUACAUAUCAGUGAAAAGACAACUACUAUACAUCGGCUCAUGGUGGCAAUCGGAGGAAAUGAAUUAUCUGAUAUUCUUGGAACCAAACAAUUUUGGGAGAUGAAAAUGGGAACUGUGCAUCCAAGGUACAGAAGGAAAGGACUAAUGCCUGAACUUAUUAAAAGAUCUACAGUUCUUGCCAAACAAAGGGGAAUUGAGAAACUUGUACGAUUUCAAACAUAUAAUAAAGCUCUGAAAGAACCUUCGAAAAUGGACGGAUUUGAAGUAAUCAGACACAUUGAAUUGAAAAACUAUCUUGACCCCGUCACAGGGCAAAAAGUGUUUUCGGGAAUGAAACCACCAAAUGACGUGCAACUUAUAAUCGCUAAAACGUUGACUUAGUGACAUCCUGGGCCUCUGUAUACUGUAUGAAGAACGGCAUAUGCCAACUCAUGGUUUUGACCAUGUGACUCAAUGAUAAAUUGGAAAAUAAACCUAUUUUUCGUAUUCCAGUCAAAAAGUCAACAUUGCGCAUGGUUUAUACUAACUGCUGAAUUUCGAUGGUUCAUAAUAAAUUCAAGACCGGCCCAUGGUCGAAUAUUCUCGAAAAUAUUUGGUGUGAGAUACGCAGAUAGGUUAUUCUGUAAAUUUAAUUACACUUUUUCUAAGAA